UCUCCACCCCGGAACCGGGGCGGGCGCACAGCGCGCUGGAGACCGGGCACGCGCGCACUCCUGCCGCCGAGCCCCUGCGCGGGCCUAGACGUGCAGUUCGGGAAAAAUGUCUUCCUCCAGACUGGGACUUCGUUUGGCUGCCUGUUUACUAAACAUUUCAGAAGCCAGAAGAAAACACAUCGUUGAGAAGAUAGCAAAGGCAGCUCUACUUGAAAAAAAAGGUCAGAGACAUCCUGAAGUGUCAGUGCUCAAUAUAUUUUCUGAUCAAGAUUACAACAGAUCAGUGAUUACAAUAGCUGCAUCUAUUGAUGAAUUAGGUAAUUCUGUUCUGGCUGCCUGCUUGGAGACCUUCCAGUCUGUGAAUAUGGAGGUUCAAGAGGGGAUCCACCCUUGCCUUGGUGCAGUGGACCUGAUUCCCAUUUACCCACUCUGUGGUGUAGGAGUGGAAGAGUGUGGAGCUGUGGCCAGAAACCUGGCAGAGAGUCUAAUCCUGCACGUCCCUGGAUGCAGCGUAUUUCUCUUUGGUGAGGCUGACCUGCCAGCGAAGCGCAGCCUGGUCCAGAGAAGAAAGCAACUGGGCUGGUUCACAAGGAGAGACUUCAGUGCACUUGAACGUGACCUGGGAGCUACACCUGCACGAAGAUGUGGCCUGACAGGUGUUGGUGCCAGCCCCUAUGUGAUGAACUGCAAUGUUACAAUAGACUCUGAAGAUUUGGCUUUGGGAAAGGAGAUUGCUAGCGCCAUCCGAGGCUCAAAUGUUAAUGGUUUGAAGGGUGUCCAAGCAAUGGCUUUUCCUCAUGAAGGGAAAAUUGAGAUAGCUUGCAAUGUAGAGAGUUUUGAAGCUCACAGCACUGCAGAAACCUACAAAGACUCUCAGUACAUGGUUUACACUGUCCUUGGGAAUCGUUUUUCUUAUGUGUCUCCCCAGUAUAUAGAAACCAGAGUUAGAGAAUUGGCAAGGGAGAAGGGACUGAGUACGUUAGGGAAAGCAUUAAUUGGAUUUACACCUGAAGAGUGCAAGAACUGUGCCGAACAUGCUAUAAGGGAAAAUAUUGGGGAAUUCUGGAAGACAAGAGAAGGUGUUUUCAUGUAAUGCAAUCUAAGGCUUCAGUGAAAUCUUAAGGAAAAAAUUCAAUUGUUAAAGUUAUCUUUUGACCAUUGAAGAUAAAAAGAUAGAGAACUUCAUUGUUGCUGUGUAUUGAAAAAUUGGAAGGAUUCCCUAUUUGUGUUUAUUAUUGAUAAUUCCCCGAUGAUAUUUCCAUCAUCUUUAAAACUUUUCAAGAACCCACUUUAUCAAAAUUAGUCACUAUAUCAGCAUUGGAUGUUAUUGUAAUUUGAAUAUCUUUAUCUACAUAGGAUAAAAUGUAGCAAUGAAACAUCACAGAUUGACUUUUUUUCUGGUAAUUCCGUUUGCCACUUUGCUGGAGCAAACAAUAUGAAGUAAAUUUGUUAUUUGUCUGCUAAGAGGGACAGGAUUUGGGGUUGGGAGGGAAACUGGGAACAUUGGUGGAGGGAAGGUAACGCCAUGGUGGUAUUGAUGUUGGAAUAUUUUAUGCCUGAAAAAUCUGCAUUAUGAACAGCUUUGUAAAUCAUGGUAUUUUAAUAAAAAUAGUUUUUAAAAAGUUUAGGCAUUGUGUACAUUACCAGCUGAACCUGCUAGGUAAAAUGACCAUGAUUGCUGAUUCAUCUUAAAUUAAUUGAGCAAAUUAAAUUAAAUUAAUAGAGCAAAACUAAAUUUGGGCUUUAUUUAAACUCUUUAUUCCAAACUUUUUUAUUCAUUUAGUUUUUGAGUGAUUUUAAUUUUCAGUUGUGAACUCCUAUCAAUAUUGAUAAGUGACUACAAAGUAGGCAAAUUAAGGUACAAUUCCUCUUUUAAAGUAUGAUGGUCCUUUUCUGCCUUCCCAUUUUUUCAGAUGACUUUUGUUAAGUUAGGAGAUAUUUCCAAAAGUCAGAUUAAUAUAGUUCUUUAGUGUUUAUGUAGGGAUGACUACAAGACAUUGUGUUUAUAUUUUUUGGAAUGGAAAUGGAAAAUAAAGAGGUUUAGUGAAUAUAUUGCUUUUGGACAAAGAACAAGAUAUUGAUGGAAUAACUUUUUAAAAAAGAAAAUUAUGUAGCCUUUUUGUGAAUUAUAAGAAGUUACUUGUUGAUUUUGACAGUUUUACAUAAAUCCUUAGUAGUUGGUAUAAGAUACUUUAUGAAGCACAAAGAAAUGAAUUUUUCUGUAGUUUUUAUUUGGUAAGAAACGCUGUGAUCUUUUCUAAUAAGAGUACAAAAUGUGAAUUUAUUUAAAGGAAUUAAAAGUAAAGAGUGAACUCAAUUUAUAGUGUGUAGUGAGCUGAUAUUUUUUGUUUUUUCACUAUUCAACUGUCAAAUAUAAUUGAAUUAAUUUGGUUCCAGAAUCAUGUUUCUAUAGAUGUUUUCUUUUUGUCAUCAAUAUAAAUACUUGAAAGAUGGAGAUUUGAUGGACUGGGUAUAGUUUUAGUCACAGGGACUUUUUAGUUGCUGUUGUAAAGAGAGAAAAUGCUGUCUGCUUACACCUGGGGAUUUUUCUGUCUAUAAGAGUUGAGAAAUUCCAUCACUUUGGCUCAGGCACAGAUGGUCUUAUAGGAGGAGCACUAGACAGUGGUCAGAGAGCCUGAGUUUUUAGCAUCUCUCUUACCUUCCAUGUAGCUGUAGUCCAAUUAUUUAUAAAAUAGGGAAGACAGUUCCCUCCAUGAUGCAGGACUCUUUCCACCUCUGCCCCCAUCUCCCAGGGCUGGAGGACUUAGCCAAAGUACCUUAUGAGCUAUGACACAAAAAAUAUAUCAUCAGUACCCUUUUCAGCCUUCUUCUGGAGCUUUGCUUCAGCUUUGGAGAUCCACCCUGAACAUGAAAGAUAGGAGAGGAUAAAAGCAUGAUGCUUGCACUGAGCACAGCUCUAGCAUCUUGGCUCCCUGGGACCUCCAAGGGCAAUGGAAUGUGUGAUCUCAGGAGUACUGCAGUCCUCUAUGUGCAAGCAUUGCAACUAUAAAAGGGUAAUGCUUGGAUCCUUGGAACCAUGGAACUAAUGAUGGUGUACAAGCACUAUGGGUAGGAAUUUAGCAUGUCCAUGUAAACUGCACAGUGUCUCACCCCUCCCUACCCUGCCUAUGACCACUACACCAGAAUAUGCCUGAAUAUCAUAACUAAAGUGUGCAACUCUAGUGCGUACCCCAGUGAAACCAAAUGUGUGAGCACUGCAGCCAAACUGUGUGUGUUGUAUGUUUGUGAGUGACAGACAGACACCAUCUUAACAACAGCAGUGGAGGGGAGCAGGGAAGGGAAGAAAUGGCACAAAAGAUAAGGAUCAAGAGGCCUACGAGUUAUUCUAGGGGUUGUAGAAGGAGUUGAUUCAUUAGUGUUACUUGUUUUAACCUUUCUAGGUUCAUAUUGCAUUCUAGACUACUGAUAAUAAACAAGGCCUAUUUACAAACAGAGCACCAGAUUUAUAAGGACAGUAAUUCUUGAAAUGGAUGAUGGUUGUAUAAAAAUAUGAACACAUAAUGCCACUGUGCUAUAGUCUUAAAAAUGAAACAUUUGGUAUUAUAGUUUAUCAGAGUCAAAUAGUUACAAAUACAUCUAUAAAACUUCCCCAAACUGAAAACAAUCCUCUGAAUAAGGUAAUUUUACUAUGCCUCUAUGUUUUAAAUAAA